AUGCCGCGGGCCAUUGAGCGUGGUCGUCUGGCAGAAGCUGUCGAGUCUUUCGCGGGGCUCCCGGGUGUUCCGAAUGCCACUGUCCAAGUCUUCACGACGCCAGAGGGUCCGCCAGCAAAUGUGGGUAAUCGAAAGGUCAGUGCGGUCGGCCACAAAGCAGCGACAGUGACGGAGUAUGCCCUCGACCGGCUGCAAGUAUUGGUCAAUUGCCGUCUGAGUUCCGGUAGUUCUCGCACAGGCGGUUCGGGAGAUAUUGGUCGCUGCGAAGAUGUGGCCUCGGCGAUCCCGGCGCAGUCUGGCAGUAUGCCGCACAUCUGGAGAAGUCUGCGCAGCAUGCUGUACAGAGGUGUUGGUAUCAAGUAUAUUGUCGGAAGCGCGAUACACAAGGCAGAUGUCUGGUAG